ACCGCCCCGCACCGAGGGGCCGUGAAGGCAUCACGGAGCACGGGCGUGCUCGGACAGUCAGCUUAGCCUCCAGCUCCGCGGCUACUUCACUUGUUUCCUGAUUUAACUGAGUAUCUGGGUACAGAAGUUUGUUAUUAUAUCAUAUAAACCCCAGCGAGGUGUGUUCUGAACGCAGGCCUGUUUUGAUCGUGGCUUGGCCGCCGGGAUAGUGAAUUAAAGCGGGUUUUGUUGUGGCCUGCUACAUCCUGCAGACAUGGCUCAGCUCUCCAGCUAACUGAGUGAAGUGGUGUUUCUGGCCAGGAUCCUCUGGUAAUCCUCAGUUAUGAGAGUCGCCCAUCAGAGAUAGACGUACAAAAUGGAGCUGUACUGGUACAUAGUUGUUAUCAUAUUCAUCAUCAUAAAAAUCUUCUUCUACGUGUGCUGGUACCGGUCAAGACAGAGGCAACUGGCGGCAUACCUGAGCAACACACGCAACGCACAAAUAGUAAUUGUUGGAGGAAGAGCCUACCUUCAUCAGAUGUGUGAGAGACAGAGUCAAACAUCCGUGUGGCCGAGUUGGUAUGUGGUCCAGGAUGACCUGUCGGUAGAGGAGCCGUCCCCAGCGCUGCCUCCAGACACAUCCUUCUCCCACCUGGACAUGCCUCCGCCGUACGAAGCCGUCUCUGGAGAUGAUAACCUGAAGCCCCCUCCCUACAGCGAGUGCGCCCAAGGUGACGAUGCGAACGCGUCUUGUCCCUCCCGUGAUCCUCCUCUCAUUUCCGAAGGUGGAACCUCUGUUAGCAUCAACGAAGCUCCCCCCCCGUACACACUGAGCCCCCCUGCGUUACUCGGCCAACAAGGCGGCCCUGUAAGCCACAGUGAGUCCCUUCCAGAGAGCAGGCCCACUUAAACAGUCGCUGAAACCACUUUGCCUUUCUCCAUGAACUGCCUUCUUAUAUUCAACCUCAGUGGUCGUCGCCAGCCUAACUCUCAUUGCAUGAGAGCAAACUUUCCCUUUUUUGGUGGGUGGGUGACAGUAUGCCUUUUGUAUGUUUUUUGUGUGUGUGUUCAUUGAUUUUUAUCAACAAGUUGCCUUUCUGUUUUGUAUUAAAAUGUGUUCAUCUGUUGAGUUUGGCGAAACAGAUGAACAUCCAAGUGUGUGCCUCAGUCAGGACCACAGAACCUGCCUUCCCCCCAAACAAGGACGGAUAAAGAGGAACUUUUAAAGUUUUAUAAAGUUGUGUGACCACUUCCCUCUGCAGAGCUAAAAUAUUAGACUCCCUCUGAAAGCACGACUGGGGAAAUUAGUAGAUGCAAGUGACUUCCGUUUUUGUUUGCUCCUGCCAUGACAUUUCCUGCUUUAGUGUGUCUAAAUUUGUUCUGAACGCAGUAACUCAGCAUCAGUAUGACAGAAACAUUAGUGUAGACAAUCUGACAACCGUUUCGAGCACCCUGGUCUGUACAUGUGCAUAAUCCUAGUUGAAAAUCCAAACUGUACUCAGUGCUUCGUCACUCCACUUGAGUGGGACGUGACGGUGAAUAUGCCAGUUGUUUUAGGUAAUUAGCCCUUUAGUAUAACUUAUGUAUUGUUGUGGUUGUUAUUAUACUGGAACAUGUGGUGAUUCAUUUGACUCAGAUCUGUGAACAAGACAAGCUGACAAGGGGAAAAAGUUAAUAAAAUGUAUGAACAUUUAAAGGGGACCUAUUAUGGCAUCUAAUACCUAUUUUAAACAGGCCUUGAAUGUCUUAAAAACAAGCUUUUGAUUGUUUUUGCUAAAUAAAUUAGAAAUUCAGCCUCUGAGCCAUGUCUUUAUCAUUCCAGUCUCUAACCUCAUUAUCUAUGCGGUAUUCUGAGUGGGCGGGGCUAUGAUAAUGAGGCUCUGUGCUGAUUGGCUGCCUGAAUGACGCGAUACACUGCUACGAAAAAAUGGUGGAAGCUCCGGCCGUCAGAGUUAGUUGUGGACGUGGUUUCACGCAUCGGAGGCCAACCUAUGUAAAUUGCAUUUUGGUUACGUAACGACGGGAGCAGAAUCUGAACGGCUUGUAGAAGUCACAUCACGCUGGAUGGCUCAGAAUUUGGUUGCUUUCCUCCUCUGAGUUGGCAGGCUGAGGGGAGACCACUUUAUACAUGUUAAAGCAAGAAAAAACGUGUUUUUCAUAAUAGGUCCCCUUUAAUGGUCGUAGACAGCUGUUCACUAUUGAUUUCUAGUGGUUUUGUGGCUUAAAGCUGCAUUAUUUACUAAACAAAUCACCCCCACAGCUCACUUAUCAGGUCGUUUUUUCCCCCCUUAAAAAUUGCUGCAAAACACAACUAACCAAAAAUAUUUUUAGAAGCUUCUGCUAGCUUUAAACUUCUGUAAAACUCUUAUCAUCCUGUCACACGACAGUACAAGUUAGUUAUCUGUUGUAUUUUCUUGUAUAUUGUUUUGGGAAAAGGUUUUUACUUCUAUUUUUUUUUUUGUUGAGUUGCAUUUCAGAUGACACUGAAAUAACACUGUAAGCAGAUGCUCAUAAAUGUUUCACUUUUGUUGCUUGUUUAAGGCCUAAAAGUUAGGCUGGCGAGUUGCACUGACCAAGAAACUGAACCUGAACUUUGUCCCGAGGCCGUGUGCACGGGCUCUUUGACUGUUGCUGUGAUUGAGUUGGGAAUGAGGCAAAGAGCGCUGUGAAAACAAGUCAUUUAACCAGACACUUUUUAAUAUGGCCACAUAUUUGACACUUUGCUGUUCCUUUUCUUCAGAUUUCAUGUGCUUUUCUCAAGCAUUCUGACAUCACCGGUGGGUGAAAGAUGAUUUUUUUUUUGUGGAAAAAUGUAUGAAGUUGGGUCAAAGAUCAAUGUUUAAAUAGCAAUCCUUCACAUUGUGAUGACAAAUGUAUCACAGAUGCCUUUUACCUGAGUUUUUGUGUGUUUUUACAGUCUGAUGGAUGCAACAGAAAACAUGCAAAGUACAAAUCUGAAUGUAUGUUCGACGUCACUAACCUAGCAGCAGCACGACGGUGGACUGCCUUAGCCACGGUGUUACAGGCCUCUUCUUCUUCCGUGUACUUCUUGUUCGUUCCCUUCAUGUUCAUUCCCACGGUGGUCGACAUAUCAGAUCUCUCCUCUCAGUAGCUGUGUAUGUUCAUCUGAAAUUGUUCUGAAUCAGGUGAAAUAAAUUUUGCGGAUUAAAAAUGUUUUAGAUAAUGUC